GUGGCGGCGGCGCCUCUCUUCUCCCGCGGUCCCGCGCUCGACCACCGCGUCUCUCUCCCCGCCGCAGCCGCGACGCCCGGCGCCCCCGCGCAGCGCCCCAGCCAGCCUCCGGGCGGGAAGGAGCCGCUCGCUCUCGGGAAAGUGACAACAGGAUUCAUAAAAGUGAAGAAUUUUUAAAGGUGACACAAAGAGAAGGAAAAUGCCGAAACCAAUCAAUGUACGAGUAACCACAAUGGAUGCUGAGCUGGAAUUUGCCAUUCAGCCUAAUACAACUGGCAAACAACUUUUUGACCAGGUGGUGAAAACAGUUGGCUUGCGUGAGGUCUGGUUUUUUGGGCUGCAGUAUGUGGACAGCAAAGGUUAUUCUACGUGGCUUAAGCUAAAUAAAAAGGUGACACAGCAAGAUGUUAAAAAAGAGAAUCCUUUACAGUUCAAAUUUAGAGCUAAAUUCUUUCCUGAAGAUGUUUCUGAGGAAUUAAUUCAAGAAAUAACCCAGAGACUUUUCUUCUUGCAAGUUAAAGAAGCUAUCUUAAAUGAUGAGAUAUAUUGCCCGCCAGAAACUGCUGUUCUUUUGGCUUCCUAUGCUGUGCAAGCCAAGUAUGGAGAUUAUAAUAAAGAGAUUCAUAAACCAGGCUACCUGGCUAAUGAUAGACUCCUACCCCAGCGAGUUUUGGAACAACACAAACUGACAAAAGAACAGUGGGAAGAAAGAAUACAGAACUGGCAUGAAGAACAUAGGGGAAUGCUAAGGGAAGAUUCUAUGAUGGAAUACUUGAAGAUUGCACAAGAUCUAGAAAUGUAUGGAGUCAACUAUUUUGAAAUAAAAAACAAAAAGGGAACUGAAUUGUGGCUAGGCGUUGAUGCUUUGGGUCUGAAUAUUUAUGAGCAUGAUGACAAGUUAACACCUAAAAUUGGUUUUCCCUGGAGUGAAAUCAGAAAUAUUUCAUUUAAUGACAAAAAAUUUGUUAUAAAGCCAAUCGACAAAAAGGCACCUGAUUUUGUUUUUUAUGCACCUCGUCUGAGAAUCAACAAGCGGAUUUUGGCAUUAUGUAUGGGAAACCAUGAACUGUACAUGCGAAGAAGGAAGCCUGAUACCAUUGAAGUACAACAGAUGAAGGCUCAGGCUAGGGAGGAGAAACACCAGAAGCAGCUGGAGAGGGCGCAAUUAGAAAAUGAAAAGAAGAAAAGAGAAAUAGCAGAAAAAGAAAAGGAAAGAAUAGAACGUGAAAAGGAAGAGCUAAUGGAACGUCUAAGGCAAAUUGAAGAACAGACAAUGAAAGCCCAGAAAGAACUAGAAGAACAGACUCGAAAAGCUCUGGAACUGGACCAGGAACGAAAACGAGCGAAAGAAGAAGCAGAAAGGCUUGAAAAGGAGCGUCGAGCUGCUGAAGAGGCCAAGUCUGCUAUAGCAAAACAAGCUGCCGACCAGAUGAAAAAUCAGGAGCAGCUAGCAGCAGAACUUGCUGAAUUCACUGCCAAGAUUGCACUUCUAGAGGAAGCCAAGAAGAAAAAGGAAGAGGAAGCUACUGAGUGGCAGCACAAAGCUUUUGCAGCCCAGGAAGACUUGGAAAAGACCAAAGAAGAGUUAAAAACUGUGAUGUCUGCCCCCCCUCCACCUCCGCCACCACCGGUCAUUCCUCCGACAGAAAAUGAACAUGAUGAACAUGAUGAGAAUAAUGCUGAGGCUAGCGCUGAAUUAUCAAAUGAUGGGGUAAUGAACCAUAGAAGUGAGGAGGAACGUGUAACAGAAACACAGAAAAAUGAGCGUGUUAAGAAGCAACUCCAGGCAUUAAGUUCAGAAUUAGCCCAAGCCAGAGAUGAAACAAAGAAAACACAAAAUGAUGUUCUUCAUGCUGAGAAUGUUAAAGCAGGCCGUGAUAAGUACAAGACUCUGCGACAGAUUCGACAAGGCAAUACAAAGCAGCGUAUUGAUGAGUUUGAAGCAAUGUGAGAGCUGUUAUUUUGCAUACGUGUUCUUCAUAAGCUGAACCACCAACAGAGAAAAGCAGGCCUUUGCAGAUGUGAUGGAGUGCAUCCCACCUUGCCAAAGCACUUAUACCAGUUUGACUGUGGUGACUAAAAGACAUAUCUAAGGGGAACUCUUCCACAUUAAGGCAGUGUGAUAUCAUGUUUGGUUUUCCUUUUUUUUUGGGCCAGGGAAUGGAGAACAGUGUUCCAUCACCUUUCACGAUUUUCAUUUUCCAUUUUUUUUCUGUUGAAGAUUAACACUAAUUAUCACGUCUGACCAAUGUGUAUGUGUGAUUUAAGCACUUUGUAUGUUUCAAAGGAUGAUGGUUACUUAAUGAGUGUUUAGGUAGAGCACUCUGGUUUUCCUCGCCCCUCCCAUGUUUUAUCUGCACAUAUUUUCACAUUCUUUCUCAUUCAUAUUUUCUCAAUGUCUCCUUGUAUCUUGCCAUACCACCAUACAGAUCAUUGGUAGUGUUUAAAAUGAGGGUAGGUGACAGGGUGGACAGUGUUUGAUCAUUGUGAGAAAACAGAUAUCAAUCAUGAAGAGGAUUAGAAUGUUGAAUGGUGUAGUGUGCAGCUGGUGGCUAAGUUUUUAAAUCCCAAUUUAAUUACAUUAUUGGAUAUUUGAUGUUUGCUUACUUAAUUACAGUCAUCUUUGACAGCUGAAUUGAUUGGUGUUUCAUCUCCUGUCACCCUUUGGCUUUCUUUACUUACCAAUUCACAAAGGUGUAGACAGCAGGUAGUAGGUCCCUAGGAAAAUUUAUUGAUGAAACGUUAUCUGCAAAUAACAGUCAUCUUUGAAAGAUUUAAAAGUUUUGUUCUUUCAUAGAUUGAUUUAGACAAAGAGAUAUUUAAUAAAAGAAAAUAUCAUUUGUUGGUAAUUGAUUAUAAUCAUUAAAAAGAACUUGGACCUUUCUGGAAGGGCAGCCUAUGAAAACAUUAGUCCCAGAGAAGGGACAAUAAAUACUACCUCACUACUACACCUGUGAUGACUGGUUGUUCAAACACAACAGAGAGUGUCAGCUGUAUGUUUUAUAAUACAUAGUGAUGCUUUCAAUCAUGAAGGAAUAUUUUUGAGAUUUCCUUUUAUCUUCAGAAUAUCUUAGAGUGCUAAAUUUUUAACUGCCUUUUUGUUGAGCUGAAUUGUGGGACUUUGUACUAAAAUUGUAAGCUCUUGCUGGUAUACUAUCUUCCUGGAGGGGUGUUGUAUGCCUGAGGAAGUAAGAGUGUGUGUGUGUGUGUGUGUGUGUGUGUGUGUGAGAGUGUGUGAGAGAGGGAGAGAGGUUUCCCUUGUAGCAUGUGAAGAAUGUCUGUACCUUCAUUUCCUGAUGUAAUUGUUACAUAAUCAUUUUAGCAUAUUUGAUUUCUAAAUCAUUGUGCUUAUUUUUUUCAAUCUCUAACUAAGAAUACUUAAAUUUGUUUUUUCAAACCUAUUUUAGAAAUUAUAAUGUUAGGUUAUAUUAAGCUCAAUUAUGUCUUACAAGGAAAUCUUUCCUGUUUGAAAGAUGUUCUAAUACUCACGUGUUCUAACAUUUUCUUUAUUGUAAAAUAUCUAGAUUUGGAGAUAAGGAAAGCCUUGUUUUCUCUGGGUGGUUCAGCUACUUUCCAUUUGGUAUUAUGCACUCAAAUUUACAUUUAUCUAUUAAAAUUGCCAUUUUGUUAAACAUUUUUCAUGCACAGUAGAUCCAACUUGUGUCUGAAAAUAUCUCUUGUGCUUUUUUGAUUUUGCUGACUUUAAAAGGAUUAAUCUGGGCAGACAUAAUGAAAAGGAAAGGUUGCAUUUAAUAUAUUUUUUGGACUUUGUAGGACAAAAGAUAACUGGUUACCCUUGAAGUGACUGUUGUACGGUGGUUGUGCACAUGCUUCAAAAUACUGUGGAAGAGAAUGUUUCUGCUUGCAGCAUGCUAGAGGACUAGAGGGUGAACGCUGCUGUUGAUGCUUUCAAGCCUGUGUUCACUUUUCCAGAGCGUUAAAACAAUUGCCAUAAAGGGGAAAACUUGGACUUCCGUUGGAUUUUUAUUAAUUUUCUUCAUUUUGAAUUGUGUGCACUACCAUUGUCACAUCAGUGUGAUAUCAGUGUUGAAAAAUUACCAGUUAUAUUUGCUGUUUAUAAUCUAUUUGUAGAUUAGGAUUAAAAUGGAUUUAAUCCAUUUUUAAAGCUGUGUGAAUUUUUCUAAACAGGAACAACUAUUUGCAAUAUAGGUUUUCAUAGUGAUUAAACCAAUUAUAACUUUUAUUAUUAGCAAUUGAGAGCACAUGUUCAUAUAGCAAUGUAAAAAUAUAUUAAUGAGUAUUUGGUAAAUUCCAACAGGCUUUUACCAUUAGCAUAAUUUUGUGUUGUACAAUUAAGUUACAAUUACAUCUAUAAUUUUGGAUAACAUUCAUUGGUUAACAAUAAAGUGACAAAAGCUCAUGCCUUCGAGGUCCACUGUUGUUAUUUAACAUGGAUUUCUUGUAUAUUUCCUGAAAGUUAUAAUCUCUGUUAGACUUAUGAAUCAUCACAUCUUAAAAAUGAGAAGUGGAUAGGGAAAAUGUCAAAAUCUUCAUAGAUUUACUCUUUUCCCCCAGAUUAUAUCUCUUUUGGUAUGGAAGUAAUACCGAUUGUUAGUUCUGCGGAAAAAUUAAUUAAAUUAAAUUGACUCUCUUGAUAACAUAAAAUCAGUUAAGAUUUCCAAUUAUUGCUUUUAUUUUAUAGUGUUUAGUUUCUUUUUCCUAAGGAAAAUAGUUUCAUUGUUCUUGAUUAAUCUUGCUAUUAAAAUGCUAAUGUUCUUUAACGAACUGUAUACUAAGUGCAUUUACUUAAAUACGUAUUCUUACUUCAAAGCUACGUUACAGAGCAGUUAGCAUAAUUUUAGAAGUUAAUUCUCUUUGUAAAAGCUUUUUACUAAUUUUUAACAUAAAGAUCAUUCUUAAACAAAGUGAUAAAUCUAUUCUGAUAGUAAAAGCCAGGUAUCUUCUCAGUUUAUAGUAAUAUUUACGUAUCACUUUAUUAUUUCUAUUCCCAAAGGCAAGUAGUGUUUUCUUUACUCUGAUCCUAUCAAAAAAGUAAAGGGAAUUUUAUGUAAGAUUUUGCCUUAUAUGUCUUUUAUAUCUCAGUUUUUCCUUAACUAGAAUUACCACUUACAAAGUUAUCUUAGACUGUAUUGGAACUCACUCCUGAUCGUCAUUAGAAAAGAGUUUCAAUAUUAAUAUUGUGAUUAAAAAUAAAAAAUGCCCACCACUUUCUGUCUCAGUUUUGAUUACCUUGUUGAUGGGUGAUGUUUUCAGAAAUGAAGAUAAUAUAAAAAAACUUUUUAGGUCCAAAAGCAUCUCAUUCUGUCUAUACAUGAUGAAAACAAUCUUUAAAAUCUAAAGCUUAAGUAUACAGAAUUUCUGCCUUUAGCAUUGAUUUACUGAACUGAUUAGUAAACCAAAGUUUAGAUAUCUUUAUUAAGAACAAGGGAGGGGCUGGCCUGGUGGCAUGGUGGUUAAGUUCACACUCUGCUUUCGUGGCCUGGGGUUCGUGGAUCUGGAUCCU